AUGGCGGGCCUUCCUAAUCUCCAGGGCGUCGAGAGUAUGUUGCAGGGGUUUCGGGCAACUGAUAUCCAGCGUGAACAGUUAUUGCAACAUCUAGCACAAGCCCUCUUUGAGGCACAAAAGGAAUUGAGAACGGUUCAGAGUGAUCUUGACGAUGAACGCCACACUCGCCGUGAAUGGAAGAGAAAAGCCGAAGAGGCCACCACCGCUGUUGAACGAAAGUAUUCUGUUGUCCUCAUCGACGGCGAUGGAUAUAUUUUCCAGAAGGCCUUGUAUCAAGCUGUUGCCACCUCCGGGGGCUCCAAGGCGGCCAAUGAUCUCUACACCGAAGUGGUUGACCAUCUCAAAGAACAAGGACUUUUAAGCAGCAACACUUCAAACUACGAUGUUGUCGUGAAUGUCUAUGCCAACAAAGUUGGCCUUGCUAGAGCGCUGGUCAAUGCUGGCUACCUCGAUCAUCCUGCUCAACUAGACCAGUUCUUCUACUCCUUCUCCCAAGGACAACGUCUCUUUCAAUUCAUUGAUUGUGGUCCGGGCAAGGAACGUGCAGAUGCAAAAUUAAGAGACACAUUCCGAUUCUAUACCGAAAACGUUCAGUGUCAGCAGAUCUUCCUAGCUGUCACACACGAUAAUGGAUACAUUGCUGAGCUAGACAAAUAUCGUUAUUCUCCAGCACAACCCAAAAUAGUCCUAGUUCACCAAUCUUCCAGCGCCAGAUCUGUCCAAGCCUAUGCUAGCUUGCCAUUCAAGACAACCGCUUUCGAAACCGUCUUUCAACCACUCCCACUAAACACCACACCCAAGGUUCAAGCUUAUUCGAAUGCUCCUGGGUUUGAUGGACCGAGUUCAGAAUACGAGGUUGCACACUAUGAGGAAACCGAACUCACACCUCCUGCAAGUCGAACAAGUUCAUCAAUCUCUGUCCCACCUAAACUUACGCCUGUCUCAGCAUCAAUUGGAAUCCCAACAGCUAUCAAAUCCCCAACUCCACCAGCCGAGAAACUGACCGUGGCACUUGACGUCAAGACAGGGAUCCCAAUCAAUCGAAUUGGACAGAGAAUUGAUCUGAAGAUCCGGCCCCCUUCAGCAAGUGAGAUGGCACAAUUUGAGAAACGCAUCAAGAUACAAAAGCUUUGCAAUGAACAUCAUCUCCGUGACAAUUGUGAAGCAUACAAUUGUAGAUUUGACCACUCGAGGAUCGAUAAUAUCAUGAAGAACACACUUAGGCACAAGGCCCGAACCAUUCCUUGCGGCAAUGGACAAAAGUGUCGAGUUCGAGACUGUUUCUUUGGUCAUGUCUGUCCGUGGAUAAGAGAGGGUAAUGAAUGUGGUAAUCCCAAAUGCGCGUUUGAGGCAAAGAAACUGCAUGAUAUCAGAGAUCUCCAGGUGGACAGAUUUGUUCCAGCUGCACCACCAGCGGCAUACUGA